CGCGGAGGGCGCGCCCUUGCGCGUGCCAGUCGCCGAGUGCGGCCCAGGCCUAGGUGUCCCCUUUUGGCGCAUCCGGCGCGGGCCCGGCCCGAGCCCCAACCACUCCCCUCCCCCCUGGUGGCUCCCGGGGACGAACCCGGGCAGGGCGGGGCGUGCACGUGUGCCGGCUGGAGGGGCGACCGAGGUUCCCAGCCCCCCGCAGCGGCCCCACGUGGGCGAUGCUCCGCCCCCUGAGGGCCAGAGCCAAUCAGCAUGCAGAGGCGUGACCGGGAGCGGGGUUUAAGAGCGCUGGGGCCGGGUGGCGCGCUGUUAGACGGCGCGGGACCCAGAAGUUGGGUAGUUCGUGCGCUCGCCGGCCGCGCCCACCAUGCUCAAGCGCUGCGGCCGGCGAUUACUGCUAGGACUGGCGGGCGCGCUGCUCGCUUGCCUUCUGGUGCUCACCGCUGACCCACCACCCGCUGCGGUGCCCGCCGAGCGCGGCCGGCGCGCGCUGCACAGCUUAGUGCCCCCAGCGCUUGGUUUGGAGGCAGCGGCGGCGCCCCGAGUGCUAGCCCGUGAGGUGCACAGCCUGUCCGAGUACUUCAGCCUGCUGACUCGCGCGCGCAGGGACGCGGGCCCGCCGCCCGAUGGCAACCCCCGUCCCGCCGACGGCCACCCGCGGACCCCGGCCGAGCCACUGGUCCCCCGCGAUGUCUUCAUCGCGGUCAAGACCACCAGGAAGUUUCAUCGUGCGCGCCUAGACCUGUUGCUGGAAACUUGGAUCUCGCGCCACAAGGAGAUGACAUUCAUCUUCACCGACUGGGAGGAUGAAGUGCUGGCCAGGCACACGGGCAAUGUGGUCAACAACUGCUCAGCUGCUCACAGCCGCCAGGCACUGUCCUGUAAGAUGGCUGUGGAGUAUGACCACUUCAUUGAGUCCGGGAGGAAAUGGUUCUGCCAUGUGGAUGAUGACAACUACGUCAACCUGUGCGCCCUGCUGAGGCUGCUGGCCAGCUACCCGCACACCCAGGACAUCUACAUUGGCAAGCCCAGCCUGGACAGGCCCAUCCAGGCCACCGAGCGUGUCAGUGAGAACAGGGUGCGUCCUGUUCACUUCUGGUUUGCCACUGGUGGGGCUGGCUUCUGCAUUAGCCGAGGGCUGGCGCUGAAAAUGAGCCCAUGGGCCAGGUGACCCUGAGCUAUGGCAUGUUUGAAAACAAGCGGAAUGCUGUCUAUGUGAAGGGCCCCUUCUCAGUGGAGGCUGACCCAUCCAGGUUCCGCUCCAUCCACUGUCACCCAUACCCAAACA